ACCCACAGCAAAGAAAUGCGAACUUUCUCGUCGCAGAGGUGGAACCUGAACGUUCACACCAAAGAACCUAAGGUGAAGAUGGAGGUUGGGCGGAAGAAAAUGUAAUGUCACAUCGUCACACAGAAGAAUACUUACUCAUGUAGCCGAGUACAUUUAGUAAUUAAAUAACGUAUAUCUCUAACAAACCCUAAUAUAGGGCUGUAGCGCCACAUGGUACAGCCCUUGUCCCGCCAUGCUCCCUUUAUAACCACCACCAGUCUCUAUCCCAAAUAUCUAAAAGUCUUUCACCUCACUGAGUUAACAUGCGAAUAACCGCUUUUCCAUUGCUUCUGGCUGCCGGACUCGCCAUGCAGGCAGCCGCCAGUCCCAUCCGAGUCGUUGUAGUCACAAGUCAUCAGGAGAUGUCCCCAGUACCAUUUGGACAUCCCAUCGGGGACCGACCUGUCCUCGGGCACAUGAUGCGCCCCGAUAUGAUGACUGCGACCAACGCAGCGAUUCAGAAUGACCCCAGCGCCGGACGCCGUGGUCAUCUUUGUGGGUUGAUGAAGGAGAAAGGCUUGAUCAUGGCUAACAAGUUUAGACAAAUCUUUGGUCUUCCUCUCAUCGAGACCGUUCACCCAACUAAGCCUCACAUCGAGCCUACCCCCAACAAUCCCAACAACACCGAUGGUGCUGUUCAUAUCCUUCCUUUCAUCGGAACUCCUAUCGCUCGACCUGGAGAAGGUCAAGUGCAUGGUCGCCCUCACUUCCAUCACCGUUACCACGAUACGUUCCUCAAGCGCGUUCACCACGCCUUGAUGACUCUCGGCCCUUGGGAGGGCAGAGCUGUCGCCUUUGUGCUUGGAUGUGGUAUUGGCGUCUUGCUUCGCAUGAUCUGGGUCAUGAGCCUGUUGACUAUCCGCAUGUUCCGCAGCGGCAACAGGGCUUCUGACGAGGACUUCUACAACCAGACAUCAGACGAUAUGGAAUACAUUGUCUUCGAUGGAGAUGCGGAGACCAUCCUUGUUCCUCCUCCCCAGUACACCGACGAGAAGGUUGCUCUUGCAGCCGACUCUGAGGUCAAGACCACCGCCGUGAAUGCCAACGAGAACUAAGGCCAUGCGUCUAUAUCAAAUAUUCUCCAACAAUGUAGUUGAUGCGUAUGCAGUUUCGGAAUGGGCUCUUGCUCAAUAGGGAGCCAUUUGGAGUAUUGAUAAGUUGACAUAUCUGGACUGUUGUAUUGUAUCUCCCCUUCCCUUUCCCGUCCUCUUUACUUUGAAUUCGUCUGCGCCAGCAGUCUUGUUCCAAUCCGGAACAAGACUGCUGUUGGCACCAGGUUCUUUCGUGACAAGUGUUUACUACCCCAUAACUAAAUAAUACAUAUACAUUGUGGGAUUAGAAUCUAGCCAGGCUAGUGACACGGGUAUAGGAGCCAAAGUCGAUGGUGAUUUCAGAUAGACUGAUUUAACAGCAAGUGUGCUAGCAGUACGUAGUGGACAAGUUAGUUGAAAUCACGAGUCACGAUGCGCGAUC